CCGGCGCAAACCGUUGAAACCCACUGUCCUCCGCUGCUAUCCCGUCCCGUCCCAUCCCGGCCCCGUGGAGGAGAGGAAACGCCGCCACCGCACCGCAGCACUCUCUCUGCUGCCCGCUUAUCCGCACGGUAACAUGGUUUGCAAGGCUGGGCUGCAGUAGCCAAGGGCCAGCCAGCCAUCCAGCAAGCCAGCCAGCCAGUCAGUCAGUCCGUCGGUGCGCGCGUGUGUGUGAGUGUAUAUGUGUGUGUGUGCGUGUGUAUGUGUGUGAGUGUGCUGUAAGAAGCAGCAGCGGCCAGCCGGACAGCUCCUUCAGCCCAGGCGCCGUAUCCAGCAGGAGCACCGGGCGGGACGCAUCCGGAGCUCACCGAGCAUCGCUGCAUCUUCUCCCCCGGCCCUCCUGCCCACCGGCCCCGCUGAUUCGGAGCAGGGAUCCCCCCCUACCCCACCCCCUCUUCCUCCUCACCACCACUACCAUCUCUGUCGGAUCGGGUUUGAAAAGCGGCCUGGCUGGUGUUGUAGUCGCUGCUGUUGUCAAGGAAAUCAAGCAUCCUGUCCCGUUGCCAUGGGGAAACAGAACAGCAAGCUGCGGCCGGAGAUGCUGCAGGACCUCCGGGAGAAUACCGAGUUCUCCGACCAUGAACUGCAGGAGUGGUACAAGGGCUUCCUGAAGGACUGUCCCAGUGGAAACCUGAACGUGGAGGAGUUCAAGAAGAUCUACGCCAACUUCUUCCCCUACGGCGAUGCGUCCAAGUUCGCCGAGCACGUUUUCCGCACGUUUGACACCAACGGCGACGGGACAAUAGACUUCCGGGAGUUCAUCAUUGCCUUAAGCGUGACGUCACGAGGCAAGCUGGAGCAGAAGCUGAAGUGGGCCUUCAGUAUGUAUGACCUGGAUGGAAAUGGGUACAUCAGCCGCGAGGAGAUGCUGGAAAUCGUACAGGCCAUCUACAAGAUGGUGUCAUCUGUGAUGAAGAUGCCAGAGGACGAAUCCACGCCGGAGAAGAGGACGGAUAAGAUCUUCAGACAAAUGGACCUCAAUAAUGAUGGCAAAUUGUCCCUGGAGGAGUUCAUCAAAGGUGCCAAAAGCGACCCCUCUAUUGUACGGCUACUCCAGUGCGAUCCCAGCUCAGCCUCCCAGUUCUGAGCCCCGCCGCGUCCCCUUCCUCACCCCCCUCUGUUGCUAUUGAAACAGUUGCUAAAAUCAAUGCAUGAUGGUUCUCGUCUCUCAUAUCAUUUCUUUUCUUCUUCUUUUUUUUUUUUUGUUGUGUGCAAGAUGGAGGAAGAAUUUUAAGGAGGAUAAAAGAAAUAUCCGCAUUAUCAUUUCACUCUCUUUUUGUUUGUUUUUGAGAAACGAGGGAACGCUCAUACAUUAAUGAUCAGUCAACAGAGAACACAGUUUUGCCAGGGAGUCUGCUAAUGUUCUGGAUUUGCUCUCUCGCUCUCUGGAAUGUAGGAUUUCCAGCAAGUUGAUGAAGUUUUUUUUUUUUUUUGUCUUUUUUUUUUGUCUUUUUUUUUUU